UUAUAUGAUGUAAAAAUUUCACCGGAUCAGUAAACAAAUUCCUACUCUGACAUAAUUAUAAUCGUCGUGACGUGACGUUAUACAUUGCAGAAGGCGUGAAAAACACUGACUUUUUCCGAAGUCGGUAUUUCAGAACGCGAAACACAAAGACUUAUUUAAUAUCGCGUUUAUGUUGUUUUUAGUCAAUGAUGGUAUACAUAUCACUACUAUACUGGAUCGAUAAUGUCGCAUGCGAUACGAAAAUGGUAUAGGGAAUUAGGUGAUUCCCAAAACAUGAGACACGAAAAAGCAUUAAACGUCACAUCUAUUCUGUAUCUUAUCGAUACAUAUACAUGUGCGUUUAUAUAUUAUCCAUGGUAUUUUUAUGGUUGUCAAUAGAAGUUUAUGAUGCUUCAUAUUCAGAAAUUUCUAACUUUCUGUGGAAGAUGGCGUGAUAUUCGUAUUUUAAAACCGGGAAUACAAAUCGCGGAUUUUUAAUAAUUUAAAAUUAUAUCACGAGGUAUAAGAAAAAUACACUCAGCAUUCUUAGUUACAUUCUACAUAUCAUAAUUACGAUUAUGUGUCGUCCUUUAUACUAUUUCAUCGAAAUUAUAGGUGUGUGCUGAAACUUUUGCGAAGACCGGAAUUUGACUUGUAAAAGGAGAGAGAGAAAAAAGAAAAGGAAGAACAUUACAUCGAAUAUAGAAGGAAAAUCAUAUACAGUAGUUUUAACAAAGUUGCAUAUUUUCGUAACUACAGUUAUCUCUCCACGCGGUAAGCUAUUUCGCCAGCCCCAGUGAAAAGAAGUUACACGAAGUACCUAACUAUCAUAAAGUUUCAAUCACUGUGAAUUGUCACGAUCCUCCCAUUGCAGUAGGAUAACUAUCAUUUAUGUUUUCGAUCGAUUUUGCGUUAGACUGUAGCGACAUUUUUUGCGACUUUUUGUCGUCGCAUUUGUCCAAGCGACUCGUGCUAGAAGUCGUGCUAGAACUCGUGCUAGAAUAAAUCUGUUUUAUCGUAAGUCAUACGAUUUGGCAAAGAAACAAGUUCGUUUGAAAUUCGCAUCGAGCCAUAGAAAUGAGUGAUCAACAAUUCUCUGGUAAAGAGUACGAUGAAUUGAUUAAACCAAUCAUGAUAACCGCAAAAAUAAUUUCCAUCUGGCCAUUGGAGGAGGACAGUGGCAAGGGAACAAUAUUAUUUAGGAGAUUCCACUUGUUCUGUAUGUUUUUUCUGGCGGUAGUGAUGUCCAUCGCGGUGACAGCCGACGUAGUUCACAAUAUAGAUGACUUGAAUGAAGCGACCGAAUGCGCACUGAUUUGUACAGCAUUUUACCUCUGUGUAGUCCGUUUGCUAGUGUAUUCGCUCCAUCAGAAGGACAUGUUCUACGUGGUGAAGACGAUGAAAGAGGAUUGGAUCUUGUCCUCUCACGAAGAUCGAACAAUUUUAGCGAAGAAAACGAUGUUUGCCUUUCGUCUCGCGAAAUAUUUUAUCAGUACCGUGGCUAUGACGAUUGUACUGUUCAUGUGUAUCCCGUUUUUAGAGAUUUACGCGUUUGGUAGCAACGAAAGGGUACUUCCGUUUCGAGGAUAUUUUUUUGUCAAUCAUACCAUAUCACCGGUGUUUGAGUGCCUUUAUUUCUUUAACGUAACAGCGGGUGGCUUUGGCGGAAGUAUGAUUGCCGGUGCUACCAGUUUCAAUCUGGUGGUAAUAAUGCACGGUUCGGGCAAGUUUGCAGUUUUGCGGAAAAGGCUGGAGGCUCUCAGUGGAGAAGAUCCUAAUUCUACCGCUAUCAUGAGCAAUUACGUGAUUCGUCACCAGAAAGCGAUAGAGUGGGCGUCACUUGUCCUAUCACGAAUUUGCACUUUAAUUUGUUGGAUGUAUGAUGUUGUUGCACGGUACGCAGAUGCACUGGAAAGGAUCAUAAAUGUUCUGGCUUUGGGGCAAUUCAUCAUUAGCACCGGCCUGAUCUGCUUCGCGGGAUUCCAGAUUACCUCGAUGAUGAAGGACAAGGGUCGCCUGAUGAAAUAUUCGACCUUCUUGAACUCGGCCAUUCUUGAGCUGUUCAUGUUCAGCUUCAGUGGAAAUGGCUUGAUCGACGAGAGCGGAGCAGUGGGUGACUCCGCUUAUGGCAGUGGAUGGAUCGGCAGCAGAUUCAGCCAGAGUCUUCAAAUCAUGAUGAUGCGCGCGAGGAUUCCCAGCAAAAUCACCGCGGCAAAGUUCUAUGCCAUGUCCUUGGAGAGUUUCUCAGCGGUUCUGAGUACGUCGUUCUCAUACUUCACGGUCCUUACAGCCACCGAAGGCGAUUAAUGGUCUCACCAAUGAACGUAGAUGUUUGUACGACAAGCUUUACGAUUGUAGACGACAUCUCAUGAUGACUCAACUUACAGAGAAUAUAAGUACUUUAGUCGUUCCACUAGCCUAAAAAUAUCCGUGUAAAACAAAGUGUCGACGGAAAGUUCGUGUUUUCUUUCUCGUUCUUAAGAUCGAUGGAUAUCUUCUGGUGUAGAUCGCAUCCAAAGACAAUUGGAAUCGAGAUAGAAACUCUUACAAUAAACUAGAAAACAGAGGAUUUU